UCCAUUCGAGUUAAUUAGGAGAGGGCGCAGCCCUGUAGGAGUGUGCUGAACGGUGGCAAAUACUGAGGGAGGAAGCAGAUAUGCUGCUUUCUUUAUGGGCAGGAGUCAAGAGUAUGAGCUCGGCAAAAAGAAUGUAGAUUUCUUUGCCCCCGCCCCCAGUAGUAAACAGAUGCGAUUAAUGUUGUUUAAGCAUCACAAACUGACCGCAGGAUUCUGCGGAUCUAAUGAGAGUCAACUUUGCUCAGAUUCGCUGUCUUGUGGAGCAGCCCACCUGUCACAUCAUUACAGGCAGCGUGGGGCUCACGCUCUCUCCGUUAAAUGAGAAUUUGCAAGCCUGAUGAUGCCUCCUACCUCGAUUAAUGGCUGGGAAAAUGCAAGGUUUUCCAAUUGCCACCAUCUUGCAGUUCAGUGGAAAAACUUGGAAGCUUUUAAGGCAAACAUCACUGGGAGGGGUUUGCAGAAUCAUGGAAUUGCAUCCUGGUCAACAUGCAAGGUUUCUUUUCCUUUACCAGCAAAUUUUACCGAAAAGUAUCUCCACAUCACCAUGUCUGCAUUAUCAUCUUGGACUCUAACAAAAACGCAUCUGAAACCAGCUGCCAGUGAUCAGCUCUAUACCCCAAUGGCUCGAGAGUUUCAGCGAAAGCACACAACAGGAGGCAGCACCAUAGAAGAGCAGAGGGCGCGUUGGGAAAGGAAGAGGAUUCGAACCGCUAAAGAGUUGAUUGAGACUGAGCAGAGGUACUUCGAACAGCUGGAACUAGUUGUAGUGUAUUUUAUAGAAAUUUUAAAAGCAAAGGGGACCCUGCAGCCAGGUGUUCGAGAUGCCAUAUUUUGCACUUUAAAGGCCAUCCAUUCAGUAAAUAGGACAUUACUGUGUAAUCUUGAAAAUGGCAAGUUUGGAUUGGCCUUUGACCUCUUCUGCCCUCACCUUCAUCUUUAUAUCACUUACACAGACAAUAUGGAGCAGGCUGUCAAAGUCCUACAGGAGCAAAUUAGGAAAAAUAAGUCAUUUGUACGUUUUAAGAGGCUCCAAGAAUCUAGACCGGAAUUCCAAGGGUUGAAACUGGAGGAUUUGCUCUCACUGCCACGUAAGCGGGUUUAUCAGUACAAGCAUUUGUUGCGAGAUCUGAUCGAAAACACCAGCCCUGACAGUCCUGAAUUUCAACAGCUGACAAAUGCGGUAAAAACAGUUUCUGAAGUUUCUCGGCACGUUGAAGACCGGGCCCGGAGCCACGAAAACCACCUGCAGAUGUUGAGAGUGCAGAAAAUGCUAAAAGGAAGGUGGAGCAAGGUGUUAGCUUCAGGAAGGAAAUAUAUUCGAGAGGGCUGGUUGACAAUUGUGCCUUCUAAGGGUGAGGAUUUAAAGCACAAAAUGUUCUUCCUGUUUUCUGACAUCCUCCUGAUGGCCAAGCCUUGUCACCCACUCCACCCGGUGCAUUCUGACAAAUUUGCCUGGCAGAAGACCUAUCCCUUGAUCGAGGGCACCGUAGAGAAAGUCUUUGGACACACCAAGAGUCAGGGGGGGCUUAUUAACCUAACUUUUCCUGAGGAGAAGCUCCUUGUGAUGUCGAAUGACCAGGAGGACAUCAAUGACUGGUACCGGUGCCUGUCUGCUGCCAUCGGACAGUUGAGGUCCCGGUCUGUCUUCGUACUGAGGAAGGAUAAUCUAGCAAGGAGACCCUUACGGUCGGACAGAAAUACAACACCAGAGGAAACCUACCUGACCCCCUCACAAAGUGGAAACAAGAGAAGCUUGAACAGUGACCAACGCCAGGUAAAGGACAUGAAUGCAAACAGCCAGCCGAUACAUGAAGGGACAGCAGUGAAGCGAAUCCGACUGGAGACAAACUCCACAAUGAGGCACGAGGAUGCUGGUCCCAGCGUGGAGCAGACGGGCACCAACUGUACCAUUCUGUAACAUGAUUGUGGAGCAGCAAGGACUGACCUCCAUCACGUGCGAGGAGGGCUUCUGUUUAUUUUUGGAAUUAUAAGCAUGCAAUGGGUUCCUCACAAUCAUGAUCACAUGACAAGUUUGAAAUAAUAACGCAGAAGUUGAAAGCUGAAUUGACGGCUUGGAAGGAACUGAAAAAUUUGACCUGAGUCAACAGGAAUCUACUGAUUCCGAUGCUUUUGUUUCUGGGACUCUGUACCCGAUCCAUGCCGGAAGGCUGAGAGGGAGUGAGGGGUAACCAGGCAGCUGGUCUUAAUAUCCGUACUGUUUCCCUGUUCAUUCCUGGCUGACCUGUCAGACUGGGCCUUGAGCACUGAGCGUUUCAGGGCUCUCUGAUGUUUGCUUCGUUGCUGCCUGGUUGAAUCUCUCCUGCCCGGAUAUCUGGGAGGAGCUGUGUACUGUGCUGCUGCUUUGCUGCUGGUUACACCCAAAAAAGGGAAAGAAGAACGUUUCUGUCACCCAUUUAAGCAAUGUCCCAGUUAACAGGAAUUUGGAUGGCCGGGCUGCAUUUCCCAUGCACCCUCCCAGUUACAAGCAUGAAUCAAUUUGGUUAUGAAAGGGUAUAAGGUGUAUAGCAUCCCAUUGAACUUGGAGAUGAGUAGUCUGGAAAUCGGGGAACAUUUGGGUCUUGAAAUCAGGUCAAACAUGCUCCACAUGGAGAAUGAUGUGCUGAGACUAUAAUCAGAAGUUGGUGUGGUAUUACUUGUCUAUUUUAUGCCAAUAAGCUGUCGUUGAACAUUACACUUUUGCUCCCACCUUUGCAGAAUUGGAGUCGAACCAUUGACAAUAGUUUUGAAGAGAAAGUCAAGUGAAGUAUUGGCUAGCUUCAAUUUGCUGUCAUAUCACGGGGUUAUAUGCUCAUCCCAUACCGAGCUUUUCGGGUUUCCUGACCUGCAUUUACAGCACUUCAACAGUAGCAUUUACUCAAUUACUGGAAGCUUUUUCAAGUGAAGCUUUUGAUUAAUUACUUGACAUUGUCAUCGUGUAGCCUCUGACUGUUCUGUUGAGGAACUAAUUCAAACAUUUGGAAAAAAGAGUUUGGUUUGUCCCAUUGAAAAUGCCAAAUGUACUUGUAUUUAAUAAGCAGUCUCUAAGUGUCCAUUCUGAGAGCCAGGGUAAAUACUCGUCAAUCGCCACACACAAGUCUUAAUUAAUGGAGUAAUUGCUUUAUGUGCUGUCAAUUUUCGCACCGAUUUUAUUCAUCCUAAUUGUAUAAUGAUCCUGCCUCAGUGAUUGUCAGAAUAAUGAAUAAUUUGCAAAGCAUAAUAAUGGCUAAUAAAUUUACAUUAAAUGUUUAAUAAUCUUUUGGCUAAGAAUUUUUGCAACAGGAGAACCCUUUACAUUCAGCAAGAUUUUAUUGAGUCAUUUGCGACUUGUUCAAAC